AUGUUCGUGCUGAGCCUGGACGAGACGCUCUCCAUUUCCUCUCUUCUCCGGACGGUCCAUUCGGACUCGCCGGUGGUGCAGCGCGUCCAGAGUCGGAUGGAUGCGUUUCUUUUUAACGCCGUCGUAGGGGGGAACCCGGUGUCGCUCGCCAACGCCACAGAUGACACGACGAACCCCCCCAGCUGGCUCGCAGGCAGCACGAGCGCCAGAGGGAUGGUGGCGGCGGCAGCGGAGUCCUACUCGACAUGGCAUUCGCCCAUCCCCAAGGCCGCGGUCAAAAUCGAGCCUGAAGAUUGGGUAUGGCCCAGCCAUAGUUACGAUACGCAGCAGCCGACGGAGCGUGUGACGACGACGCGCUCCGGUCCGCCCGAGGCACCGACCGAAGCAUCCAGCACCGAAAGCUGCAGCUCUAGCACGGGCACCUCCUCCGAAGACGCGUCGGUACCCACCUUCGACUUCGAGCCCUAUCACCGCGUGCUGUACCCCGCUCCCAACGGCCUGCCCGCCUCCGACGACGACGCGGACGGCUCGUCGCCGAGCGCGCCUGCGGAACCGGAACUGGCCCGACCGUGGAACCGCUGGCCGGCCAGCCCGAACGACGCUCGCGCGCACGACUACCAGCCCGCGGCGAGGCCCGGCCGGGGAAGCCACGGACAGGUCGAGCGCGUCUGCUUCAACUGCGACGCGCGCUCGUCCGCGGCCUGGCGGCGGUCGUCGCUCACCCCCGGAAAAUCGUUGUGCAACAAAUGCGGGCUAUACGAGCGGACGCACAUGAAGCCCCGUCCGCACGAGGCCAUCACCCGGCGCGACCGCGACCGCGAGCGGAUCCGCCACCGGCUCAGCGCGUCGCCGUCGACGCCGUACGACCUUCCCCACGCGGCGCAGACGGUGCCGUCCCAGAUGCGGACUGAGCUUCUUCCCCCGGCGCCGGGCGGGAUGCGCGCGAGGACGAGGAGGGAGAGCGACGCGGCGGAGAGGGAGGUGGAGACGGAUGGGGAGGCGCGUCGGCCGCGAGCUACCGUACGCGGCGCGGCGCGGGUGCCGCCGAUGCACGAAAACGUGAAGGAGCCGGCGUCGGCGACUCGAUGAUGAUACAUGAUACCCCCGGUCUCUUCCCGUUUCAUGGGAUCUCUUCCGCUCCUCUCCUGGAAUGCGCGCUUAAGGCUUCUUGUUGUUGGCGGAACUUGCUGAAUCCGUUCGUGACUUCGGUCUUGUGACAUUAUGGAUGAUAUUCGUAGAAGGAAG